GUUUGGCUGGUAGUUCAAAAAAUGGUGUCAGUCGGUGUGUAAGGUUUAGUUUCGCCGCUUAAAUGGCGGGUUUAAUAAAUGUAGAGUCACUCGGCGGAACAAGUAGAGUCUUAUAGACGCGACAGGAUUCUCUUGAGGCUCGGUUCUGUACUAUGUUCAAGAAGAUGACGGAAUUUGGUCCAGAUUCCGGGGGGCGCGUUAAGGGAGUGACUAUUGUGAAGCCUAUUGUGUUUGGAAAUGUUGCUCGCUACUUUGGCAAGAAGAGAGAGGAGGACGGACACACACACCAGUGGUCUGUCUACGUGAAGCCUUACAGAAAUGAGGACAUGUCUGCUUAUGUGAAGAAGAUCCAGUUCAAGCUACAUGAGAGCUACGGUAACCCUCUGAGAGUGGUCACUAAGCCUCCAUAUGAGAUCACAGAAACCGGCUGGGGGGAGUUUGAGAUCAUCAUCAAGAUCUUCUUCAUCGAUCCCAAUGAGAGACCAGUGACUCUGUACCAUCUGCUGAAGCUGUUCCAGUCAGAUUCCAGUGCCAUGCCCAAGAAGACAGUCGUCUCUGAGUUCUAUGAUGAAAUGAUCUUUCAGGAUCCUACAGCCAUGAUGCAGCAGCUCCUGACCACGUCAAGACAACUGACUCUGGGAGCUUACAAGCACGAGACAGAGUUCAGUGAGCUGGAGCAAAGGACCAAGGAGAAGAUGGAGGCAGCGAAGAAGAGAACCAGCCAGGAAAUCACGGAGCUGAAAGACAAACUAAAAGCCAGCAGAGAAAACAUCAACCACCUGAAGGCAGAGAUCAGAAAACUGGAGGAGGACGGAGACCACAAAGAGCACUGACGGAUGGACACCUACACACGUGGACCCGAUUGUCCAGCAAGAGACAGUUUUCUGUGCUCCUGUUCUCGACCCUGAUUCAAACAAUACGUUGUUGUGAUUUGUUUUGCGAUGCUAGUUUCUAUUUGUGUUGCAUUGUCCAGAGUAGGAUUAAGUAUGUAAGUGUAUAAUUUGGUACCUUUCAACAAGACCAUUUAAAAAAAUAUGUUUAAAAAUAUAGUCAGAACAAGCCCGUUAAAGAUGUAGAGGCUAAACUGCAGCACAAAAUGAAAAAAAAAAAAGCCUCAACAUUUAGGGUGUUUAGCUGUCUUACUUGGAGCUUAAUCAAUAAUUUUGCUGUUGGGCCUUUACCAAUAGGUCACUGGUAUUUGUCUGCCGUUGCUGUAUCAGCUGGCUAUGAGGUAGAAUGGUGAAAAACAAAUGUCCCGUCAUUUUCUGAUUUGUUAAUGCAGCCUUUUUCCAUCACUCAUUUUGAUAUACAUCUGGUUUUAAUUUAAGUUUUUUCAUUUCUGUCUGCACUGGAAAGACUGUGAAGACAAGAUCAAUCCUUAAUGAAAAACUCCCAGUAGUCUCCCCACCUGCCUGAUGCCACAUCACAAAUCACUUGGACAGUGUUCAAUGUAAACUGAUUUCUUUUUUUUUUUUUUACUGAUGCUACGAUUUGUUUAUAUAAAGUUAAUGUGUUUGGAGCGCUGCA